CCGCCUUCAAUAAUACUUGCGUUGCCUCUUUCAGUAAACCCAUCUCAUCCCUAGCCUGGGCUGGUUGGGAUUGAAUUUGGGACCAAAGUUGGGCCUACGAUGAUGAUUUCUUGACUAUGCCACUAUAGAAGAGCAAGUAUUCCCUUCCAGCCACCCCCUCCCAACCCCUCCAAUAAUGUUCUGAUCCGUUCAACCCCUUUGAAGAUUAAAAAAGCCACAGUCCACAGAAGCAAUUGCUGAUUAGUCGGAUGCUCGUGCACAGAGAGUCGCAGAGACAGAGUCACUGCGCAUGAGGGAAUGUCCUUGUAUAAUUAUUAAUAUUAAUAUUAAUACAUUCGCAUUUUUAUUUUUUGGGUGCCAAAAAACAAAAGGAGCUGAAAAGCUAGAAAAAACUACGGGCGGUUUGACGCUUUUAGGCUGGAACUUGAGUCUUGAGACCACCAUCACCAAUCACACAUCUGUAUCAUUAUCAUGGCACCUCAUUCUACUGCAAUACUGCAUUAUAUUUAUAGAUGAAAACGCUUGAGCAACCGAUUUCUUUCUUUUUUUAGAAGAUCGUCCCACGAAAGCCACCUCUUCUUCUUCUUUCCUUCAAGUUCUUGGUGGGUUUUUAGGGAUCUUAACUGGAUUCAAGAUUCUGCUGUGAAAAAUUCUGUCUGAAUGGGUUCAUCGAAUCGAUUGUUUAACAGGCAGAAAACCGUUCAUGAGAUCUUUGGAGGAGGAUUUGUUGCAGAGGUCAUACUAUGGAGACGAAAGAAUGCAACUGUUGGGAUAUUGUUAGUAGCUCUAGCUUCCUGGGUGGUGUUUGGGAGAUCGGGUUACACUCUGUUGUCGCUUGUUUCUAGUGUUCUUCUCCUCCUUCUUACGAUUCUUUUUCUUUGGGCCAAAUCUGCUGCCAUUCUUAACCGACCUUCUCCACCUUUACCAGAGUUGCAUCUCUCAGAAGAAAUGGUAAAUGAAGUUGCGGCUUUCAUCCGCACUCACUUGAAUGCUCUUCUCUCAGUUUCCCAGGACAUUGCCCUGGGUAAGGACACAAAUUUAUUCUUUCAAGUAGCUGGUUACCUGUUGCUGAUAUCUAUUGUUGGUGGCUUAGCUGAUUUUCUUACUUUGGGUUACACCAGUCUUCUUAUCAUACUUACAAUUCCUGCACUCUAUGAGAGGUACCAAGAUUUUAUUGAUAAAUAUGUCGAGACGGUGUGCAAGAAAUCACAGCAGUUGUAUGUAAACUUUGAUAUGCAAUGCAUUGGCAGAAUCCGAAAAUGGAUUUUGGAGAAGCAGAAACUCAGCUGAUAUCUUCCUUAAUUCUAUUCUUGCUGAGGAUUUCUUGCUUCAUGUUCUUAUUGAGCUUUGGACGUUGGAGAUAUCUCUAUUUCUUCUCUGUUUUCUUUGGCCACUUUAAAACAAUUAAAUCCAUUUUUGUACCUUCAUUCCCUUGCUGUGGUUUUGUUGGUGGCAUUGGUACAGAAAUGUAUAGGAGUUGCCACCAAGAAUCUCCAUGUCUAUAUAAAUACAUUAAAAGGGAAUUUUGAAUUGAAUAGUGGAAUCCAAUUUGAUUUGGAUCUGCUUCAAUUA